UGUCAGCUGACAAAUGUGUCUGUUGUCUAAUAUGGCUGCCCGGCAUGGGAAGCCGUUGUCAGGCAUCAAGAGAAAGAAGGGGACUACGAUAGUUCUCUGGUCCUUGGGAACCGUCUGGGUGGCGGUUCUCAUGGCACGGAGUGUGGAGGGAGGUGACUUGCCUUUGAAGUGUGAAGAUCUUCGAGUCGGCCAAUAUAUUUGUGAUGAUCCUAAAAUAGACAAUGACACUCAGGAACCUGAGAACUGUACAAAUCAUACUGCAUACGUUGCCUGUCAUCCAGCACCAAAUAUUACAUGCAAGGAUUUCAGUGGAAAUGAAACUCAGUUUACUGGGAAAAGAGUUGGAUUUUACAGACCCAUAGAAUGCCGAAAUGUAAAUGGUUAUUCCUACAAAGUAGCAGUAGCUCUGUCUUUAUUUCUUGGUUGGUUGGGAGCAGAUAGGUUUUAUCUAGGAUAUCCUGCCUUAGGUUUGUUAAAGUUCUGCACAGUGGGGUUUUGUGGAAUUGGUAGCUUGAUUGAUUUCAUUCUGAUUUCAAUGCAGAUCGUGGGACCCUCAGAUGGCUCUAGUUACAUUAUAGAUUAUUAUGGGGCAAGGCUUACCAGACUGAGUAUUACUAAUGAGACGUUCAGAAAACCUCAGAUAUAUCCAUAAACUUGCCAAGCUAAAUAUCAUGUCCUCUAUUCCACUGUGGGGAUGAUGCCUGAAUAAUAAACGAUGGCAUGGGGCUGCCUUGAAAGAAUAUAAUUUGAUGGAAGCAUCUAUGUCUCCAUUUUUCCACAUAAGCCAAAAGCAGCAGACCACUUCAUCAUAUAUGCUAUUAUUCACAUGAGCAGAGCUAGGGUUUUUCUGCCAUGAUUUUGACAAUCACUUCAUGUUCCUGUCAAGAAGACAACAAUGACUUGUGUUUAUUUUGUUAAAUAAGAAUGAACUAUGGACAUUAUUUAUGCUCAGUACACCAUUAAGUACUAUGCACUGGACGUUGUACUAGUCUUUAGACUAAAAGCAUUUAUGAACAAACAUAAAGGAGGAGGCAAAAAGCUAUGACGACAUUCAGCAUUCUGUUCCAUACUACUCUUUAAAAGCAAGAAGAAAUAAACAAAAAACGUUGUUUUACAGAUGUACCAAGUUCCAGCUCAUUCACUCUCUCCUGCCCUUGCAUCAAGUACAUCCUGUACUUUUGGCAACAAGUUGACUGGAUAUUUAAAAGCUGCAAACUGCUCUGAAAGUUUCACAUAGUGGGUUAUGGGCCAUGUGUGUUUGAUCAAAAUUCAAUUACUAUACUGUGCCAGGCCUGGAAACCUAUCAUUGCAAGUUAUGAAGUAUGACGAAAUAAGCUACUCUAAUUGGUUCAGUAUGGGGAGCAGUUUCAACCAACCUUGUUAUGAUAAAUAGCUUCCUGUGUUAAAGGUUCUCUAGAGCUUAAGUAUCUUGGCUUACCUCCUUCAACAGAAUAAGAAUAUUGUUCCCUAGGAAUACUUACAUCACUAUCCCUCUUCCCCAUUCAAACUUAAACAUUUGUAGAAUUUUCAUCUUGCUGUUCUUGACACAAAUAAGCAAUGGCCAUUGCUUUCAUUUCCCUCCUUUCCCUUUUUGUCACUUCUUCCAGUCAUAAAGCAUCUUGCCUCCCUAUAAAAAAAAGAUGGUUUUAAUAUUUCAACACAACUACUGUUGCUGGCAGUUUCACUUUGCUCAGCCACAUUGCUGCUUGGAAAUUCUUUAUUGUUAUUUAAAGUUCAUAAGUGCUGAAAGAAGAGAAUAUUCUAUGGCUUUAAGCCUAGAGCUGCAUUUGCUAAGUGUGUCAUUGAAAGCAUGAAUGUCAUGGGAGAGAAUACUGACGCCAUAGGUUUAGCAGGCUCAUAUUCUGAAGUAACAUCUGUGUUGUGUUAUCCUCAUGCCACAAUAAUAGUCAGCAGCAAGUACAGGCAAUUGUCUCAUGACUGCAUGCACAGGGUGGCCAUCAAGGCUCUUUGGAUACAGAUGGCUUUCUCAUGGUCCACUUUAGGGAAAGAAUGUGAAAUAUUAGCAUUAACUGCUAUUUUUAUUUAGGGUGAACUAAGGAAAAUAGGAUCCUGAAAAAUGUCUUUUAGUAGUGGUGAACUAAGUCAUUUAAAUAGGUUACUGUUCCUCUCCAUCUUCUGUAAACUGGUAUUACCAGUGCUGUUACUCAGUUACCAUUUGUUUUCUGAGCUCUGAAAUAACUUGGCUGUUCUAUUUAAUAUCCUGUUUGUCCUUCUCCUAAGAGCUUGUACUAGAUCGCCUGCAAAAAGGUCUCUAUUUUAAAGAGCAGUCUCCUUAGUUGUCACUUAAUCAAGCAAAUAACUAAGUGUAGCCAUACAAAAUUAGCAGGAAGAAAACUUUAUAAAAUAAAUGUAAGUAUGAUUAAGAUGAGAAAUAAACCCUGCUGCUAUCUUUGCAAGUGAGAUGUGAUCAAAUGCUUUGGGAUGGGUAAGAGAUAUGUAAAAUGUCCUCAGCUCUAAUGUUGCGCUGUGUGAGUUUAUUUUAUUAUUUUCCUUGCAAUAGGUAGUAGAUGAUAGUAAUCAUUUUAUGGCUCUUAAUAAAGUUCCACAAGAAGUAACUUUACCUUUAAAAAUAGAAUGUGACUGCAGGCACUUAUGCUAAUCUCCCUUUUGGCAAAUCAGCUUUUUUUUGUAUUGAAUCUCGCUUGAUUGAAUAGCACUGGAACUGCCAGAGUAAAUGCUAUUAUCAAUGUACAGUAAUUAAGGAAAUAGUCCUUGUCACUCGAACAGCAUCCAGGCUGUGCCUGCUGUAAUAAAGUUAAAUGAUAAAGAAAUCUCUUUAAAUAAAGUGCAGCUACUGGAGUGUGGUUACCUCUGAAAUACAGUGGAACAAUGCAGUGGAGAACUAUCAGUGAUGGGAAAAUAUGCCCACUGAACACAAUAUGAAUAUAGAACUUUAAAACAUGUAAUUAGAUAACAUUAACCAUUAAUCAUCUGAUUUAGAGCUGAAGAAGCAUGUUUUCAUCCUCCAUUCCUAAAAACUGACAAGCUCAAAGCUUUGUCUUCCCUGCUCUUAAAUAAGAAACAAUUGAUAUUCUUAAAUAUUUUGAAGCUUGUUCUUGUACAACUUGGGCAAAUGGAUUUAUGUCUAAUCUUCAGUAUAUUGUCCUAGUGGAAUCUCAAGAGUAUUGGCAUGAACAUUUUUAUGAUAUCGUGAUAAAAUCUAUUUGUAUGUUUUUAAGGUAGCUGUUGUGCAUGACAAUGAAGUACAU